AUGGGCCUCCCGCUACUGCCGGACGAAAUGCUGCUGCAGUGGCCGUGCAGAGAAACACAGCUGAGACAACUCGGUGCUCUCUUCACCUCGCCCUGUCCCUCGACCAUCGUGGUCUACGGGCCAUGCGCCACCGGCAAGUCCAGCAUUGUCGCUUCUCACUUGAAGACAACCAAGUUCCCGCAUGGAAUCGUCCGCUCCCGAGAAUGCGUGACCGGACGCCAUCUCCUCGAGCGGACCGUGGACACAGUAUAUCAGGCACGGGGCGGAGAAAUGACCAAUGACCGAUGUGAGAAUCUAGGCGCCCUGCUCGUUCACCUGCAAAGAGCACUGGAAGAUGUCCCCAAGUUCGCACUGCUCUUCGACGGCGUGGACCGACAACGCGAAGGCCCGCCAACACUACUCCCAGCUCUAGCACGGUUAGGAGAGGCGAUACCACAGCUCACGGUGAUUCUGAUUGUUCGACAUCCCUCACCGCGAUUUCUUCAUCAGGGCGGGGUACCCCACGUCUACUUUGCGCCCUACAGCCGCAGUCAAGCGAUCCACAUUGUCUCCCGACAUCCUGUGGACAUUUUCCUGGAACCCCCGCCAGACGACAUGGACUACGAAGAGGAGCAGCAUGACGAAGACAAAGCGUGGCUGUGGCCGAGAUUCUGUGCCGCAGUCUGGGACGCGCUAGCGCAGAAUGCUGCCCGCGACCUUGUAGGGUUUCGUGAAGCCUGCGACAAGCUCUGGCGCCCAUUUGUUGCUCCUAUCAUCAAGGGCGAUUUUGGAACUCGAGAUUUCAGCAGAUUGUUCGUAGCACAGCGGCGACUCUUCCAAGACGAGACCGCUCUUCUCAAUUCCAUCGUUCCAAGAUCGCAGGAUGUACUCGCGGUUGCGAAGGGAAAGCCGCAUGAACUGCCUUACUACGCGAAGUGGCUGCUGGUUGCAGCGUACUUGGCCUCAUUCAAUCCGGCGAAGCUCGAUUCUCUCUACUUCAUGAAGUCCACGGAAAAGAAACGGAAGAAGAAAGGUGGAGGGACUGCGCGAGCGGGUGGCAGACGAAGCCAGACAAGAAAGAUUCCUCGUCAUCUCUUGGCUGCAUCUGCUUUCACCGUAGACAGACUCCUCGCCAUUCUACAUGCCAUCUUGCCCGAUGACACCAGGGCUACCGUCGACCUUUACAGACAGAUUGCCACUCUGUCCAGCCUGAGACUGCUAGUGCGCGCAGGUGGCAUAGGUGGUGCAGAUCCGCUGGAGGCAGGCGGCAAAUGGAGGGUUGGACCGAUGGUGACUUGGGAGCACGUCCAGAGUCUUGCGAGAAAUCUCGACUUCAAUUUUACCGAUUACGUCGUCGACUGA